CAUCCACCUCGAGCUGACAAAGUAACAUAUUUGAGCAUCUUGUUGAUGAUGAUAAGAUAAGUAAGGAAACUGGAAAGAGCUUGACGUCCGUUGAAAUUUUGUGUUGGUGGAUGUAUUACUGUUAAAACCUAUAAAAUGGACUGGAUUUGCGAUACCCUGUAAAUAUUACAUCCACUAUUCAUCGUGUCGUUUUCUGUAACCUCGCCGAGUAUAAAAAUACUUCUGAAGCGCUGAACAUGAUUAUAGCUUGAUGCUUCAAUACUAGAAAUAAUUCUGUGAAAAGAUAAAGAAUCAUGUCUGCGAAGGAGUGUUGUGAAAAGUAUGCACACUCGCCGGUACCAGUCACUGCAACAGAAAGUCCAUAUUCCAAGCACCACGAUAUUACGGUGAAAGUUGGCGAAGAAACUUUUCCGUUGAAUCGCUUACAAUUAGCUUUGGUGUCGAACUACUUCGAGAAAUUAUUCACCGAGUACUACGCCGAAAAAGACAGCAAACUUGUAGAAAUUGGUGCCUUGGACAGCAAAACUUUUUCUACCAUAGUUGAUAUAAUCAAUGGAAAGUCUCUCAGUUCGCUUAUAAAUGCCGACAACUACGUUUCAUUAUUGAUGGGUAUGGACUACUUGCAAAUGGAAAUCUUUCUGUACGAUUUCAGAACGUUCAUCGAGCAGUAUGCGGGAGACUUACCCUUCGACCCACAAAUAUUCCAGUUGUUUGAUUUCAUUUGCUUUAAUCAAAGCUACGAAUAUUUGAGAUCGACGAUUUAUACUUAUUUAUUCCAUCAUAUCGUGGAACUUCUGAAGUAUACCGAAUUUUUUCUCUUACAACUCGAUGAUCUUAUAGACAUGAUUAAUUCUGCACAACCCAGGUUCAUCAGAAGCACAUCAUCGUUCGACAGAUACUCGAACGCUUAUGAGAUGAAUGUGAUUAGUCAAAUGUGUUCCAAAUGGAUUUGUCACGAUGUUGAAAAAAGACGCCGUCAUUUUUUAGCGCUGGUAAAUGCUGCCAAUUGUAGACUGUUCGAGUUUUCCUUUCAAAUAAGUCGCAGUAAUGCUAGCUCGGUUUUGACUCAAAUAGAAGAAUUUUGCAAAGAAGAAGAAAUUCAGACUUGUUUUCAUCAAUUAUUGAAUUAUAAUGGACAAAUUAUUGAUCCUCCUGACGUUGAACAGCCGAGAAAGCGUCGGAGGGGAUAUUGCCCAGAAAAGGCUAAUGAGAUAAAUAAGAAAGAAAAAUUAGCCAAAUUUCUCGAAAACGGAUAUUUACACGAUAUAACGAUUCAAGCUGGUGAAAAAACUUACAAACUUCAUCGAGCCGUGCUGAGAAGUGCAUCUUGUUAUUUCGAUACUCUUUUCUCUGCUGAAAACUGUGAGCCAUUGGUACAAUCUGAAGAUGAAUCACUAAUUCGUAAAGGUAACAAUGAACUUUAUGUGACAGAUUUUGGUGAAACUGCAUUUGACGCGGUUGUCAAGUACAUCUAUUUUGACGAUAAGAAUAUUUCGUUGAAUACACAUGCAGAAUGUUUGGAAACACUCAGAAUAGGAAAAACAUUGAAAAUGGGCACGUUAAUAAAUCAAUGUUUGUCCUGGAUGGAACGUAAUAAGGAAACAUCGAGUAUUGAAGAUAUUCUCCAAAUACUAAAUUUUAAUGUGGGUGAUGCCUCGUUCGAGAAUUUGUAUUUUAAAAUAAUUUUUAUGCACGUAAAACAAUUUUUAAAUUCUGAAACUGGCAAGAAGUUAACUCGAGAUGAAAUUUACCGGCUAUGGAACGUUGCUGAAAUUUUAAGAUUGCGGGAUUUAACCGAUUAUUGCAAACAGCGGAUGGCAGACGAUCUUCAGUCAUUAAAUAUCGAAGAUAUUCUCGAAAUGUUUGACGAAAAACAUGGAAAAAAGGUGGUGCGUCAAAUUCUCUGGGAUCUUUAUUGGAAGUUUUCUUUUGAUAAUGCUCUUUACUUAUUGCGUACUAGUGAAGCAUUGAAAUUUGAAGAAUUGACAAGGAAGUGUUUGGAAUGGAUUACAGAAAGUGUGAAGUCGAAAAGUCUGACUGUUGAAAAUAUUAUCGAGGUAUUGAAUUUCAUCGAUGGGAAAGAAAAGUUCGACAACGAACGAAUAGUACUUUUCUGCGAGUACAUAACUGUCGCGUGGCCUGACAUAAACGAAACCUUGUUCUCUACGAUUUCUUGUCCCAUGCUAGAGAAUAUACUCGCGUCGCCGUUUCUCUUUUCACAUAAUAUCGAUAACCUCCUGGAUAUUUGUGCGAAAUGGGUAUUGCACGACAUAAAGAGCAGGUAUUGCUUGAUACCUAAAAUUGCAAUCGAUAUCAAUCGUAAUCGUAUGGUAAACCUUGAUGAUCAUAAAAUUACCGAAGUUCCUUCAGAUUUGAAUAACUGCACGCAACAGAUAAUCAGAGAUAAAUUCUGUGAAAUACUGCGUUCAACUUCGUUACUUCCUCAUUCCGACGCAAGAAAUUCAAUAAUGGAGGAAAAAUCGAUUUUUUUUUCAUCUCGUAUGAAUCAUAUUAUUUUGGACGUCGAAUUGAACGAAAUCGCAUUAUUGACGUCGACCUUUGUGUCUAUUCUAUCGAUUACUUCAAUCAGCGGUAAUUUAUUUGCACUUGGUCACUUUGACCCCAGUUUCAAAAAUGUACUUCUAGUUUACAAUUUAUCUUCGAAGAAACUUUACUAUCUGGCGGAAUUGCCUUAUAUGGAAAUUGACGGCUGUAAUGGAAAUGGUACGAUAUUAAAUUGCAACGACCAAGCGUAUUGUUGCUUUAGUUUAGGAGAGUCUAUGUUGAGGUAUUCCGUCACGUUGAAUCGUUGGGAAGUGACUUUUGAAUCAAAAAGUAAAAUAAAUUUGCCGGAUGAACAGUAUAUUCUUUAUACGAGUGAUGGAUCAAACCUGUAUAGAGUUUUUAAAGCCAGAAGAAAGUUAGUCGCACAGACGUUGAAUUUCACAUCGCAUUCGUGGACCUCCGUUCCAGAUCUGCCUGAUUUGCCGAACAAAAACGAAUAUCCUUUGGAAAUCACAAACAUUGAAAAUGGUAUCGCCGUAUUAUCGAAAUCUAUGGUGUAUAUUUUUAAUCGGCAAUUAGAGUCUUGGCGAAAAGUGCUUCUUCCUUUGAGAGACGAGAGGAGAGUUAGAAAUGGUGACUUUCCACUUAUGACUCAUUAUAGUAGUAGUAUUAUACUGUGCGCAUAUGAUGGAAAAAUGUACCAAUUAGACCUGCAUCAUCUGCAAGAAGGAUGGAUUUUGAUGAAAGAGACAUCGUAUGGUCGUUAUAGUCUACAGUAUGUGACCGCUAUUCAUCGCGCAUGAGUAAAUUAAUUUUGAAUUGAAACGUGUUCAUUAUGUUCAGCUUACAUGAUUCAUGUCGUUAUAAUAUUAGUUGUGAAUCUACCUAUAAGUGUUUUAAUGUAUUUCAAGUCAAUAAAGUUCCAUCUUUGUUUGAA